UUGGAUGUGUUUGGUCAUGCCUAAAUGACAGGAGGGAUGGUGUCAUAGAUAUACUGAAUAAUGAUUGGUCUGUGUCAUACAUCUCUUCUCAAACACUGGUGCGCAUUUUUCACAGAAAUCUAGUAAAACUUGUAUCUUUCAUAAUCAUCUGUGUCCAAUCCUGCUCCUGGAGUUUAACUCCAGCCCUAUACCCACCUGAAAUAGCUAAUCGAGGUCUUACUAGGCUAGAACCUCAGAUGUGUUGAGGCAAGUUGGAACUAAACUCUGCAGGGCAGUGGCCCUCCGGGAACAAGUUUUGACACCACUAAUCUAGUGUAAUCCUCAGACGCUGGCUUUAUAUGUGACCCCAAACUACAUUUUAUUCAGGCUGGAUCAACCUAAUGCGCGUGCACAGUCCUAAACGCACAUCUCUUGUGCCUCAUUUCGGAGGCGCGCAUCUGACUAUUUCUAUAGAAACCGGAGUUUCUAACGGCCGCUGCAGUGACGCGAUGACUUUACCAGUCGCGAUUGGCUCUUAUUUAGAAGAUCCAAAAAUGUCAAGGAUAAAUGGCUCAUCGCUGUCUCGUCUGGGUCUAAUAGUGACGUCGGCGGGUGUCGUCUUUCUGAUAGUCAUGUUUUCUUCUUUCUCACCUUCAAAGAAAUGUCCACCUCCACUUCCUAGACCCGCACAAAACAACUGUGUCAAAAGCAAAAGCUCUGUUACUGAUGCAGUAGAAGACAAACCUGUACUUCUGCUGUGGACCUGGCCUGAAAAUUACAGGUUUGACCUGAGUGACUGCAAAAAGUUGUACAAUAUUGAUAAUUGUCAGUUGACGGAUGAUAGAUCUCUCUACAGCAAUGCAGACGCUGUUAUGGUUUAUCACAGGGGCAUCAGUUGGGACCUGUCCAACCUUCCUCCAUCUCCUCGUCCUCCGUUCCAGAGGUGGAUUUGGUUACAUUUGGAAUCGCCAACUAACACGAAAAAAAUACCAGGUCUGGAAAACCUGUUCAAUCUCACUCUCAGCUACAGACAGGAUGCGGACAUUCCUGUACGGAUGCGCUUGACUCCCAGGAAGAAACCUGAGGAGUUUGUAAUUCCCAAAAAAGACAAACUGGUGUGUUGGAUUGUGAGUAACAACGAUCCUUCAACAGGUGUCAGCGCAAGGAACGCUUUUUACAGAGAAUUCAGCAAAUACAUUGAAGUGCAUAUGUACGGGAGGGCGUAUUCAUCAUUUCUGAAUUAUAACGACUACUAUCCUACUUUGGCGAGCUGCAAGUUUUACCUUGCCUUUGAGAACUCCAUCCACAAGGACUACAUCACGGAGAAGAUCAAUGGGCCGCUUGCUGCAGGUACCGUCCCUGUGGUUUUGGGUCCUCCCAGAAAAAACUAUGAAAACUUUGUUCCUGGCAACGCAUUUAUUCAUGUGAAUGACUUCCCAGAUGCAAAGUCACUAGCAGAAUAUCUGCUUCAGCUGGACAAAGAUGACGAAGCAUAUGGCAAGUUCUUUACCUGGAGGAAACAUCUCACUCCAACUCCUCAUUUAAUACUACAGAACCAAGAGUUUGUUCUGGCUAUCUGCACUGCCUGUGACUAUAUAGCAAGACACAGAGAAUAUAAAGAAGCUCACGAUAUUUAUGAAUGGUAUUUCAACUAAAGAGAAGUUAUGAAAAUAUUUUCUAUGAAUUAUUUUUGAUACUGGACUUUCAAUAUUUAAGAUGAUAUUUUGAUGAUCAAUCAGUACUGAUGGAUGGUUGUAGCUCUUUACAGAUGAUUUCAUUUUAUAUACUCUCAGUGAAAUAAUAUAAAGAGAAAUUUUGAUGGCUACAAAAUUUUGAUACACUGUAAAAUGCCAUUCUGUGGGUUUGUAGAUUUCAUGGAAUUUAAUAUGUAAACUUUAUUUAAAGGGUCAUGAAACCCCAGAACACAUUUUUUGAGCUGUUAACAGAUAUGUAUAGGAUGCACAUCAUUGAAAACUCUAAAGGUACUCAUUAAUUUUAUUUAAAAGUUAAAAGUAUUUUGCAUUUUUCAGAGCGAUUUCUGUCUUCCGGUUUGAAACGUAAAGAUGUCACAAAAUCUGACGUCAUCGUGUACUACCGGCAAGAUCCGGAGUGCUGAUUGGCUCCAAGUAUGGGCUGGUCGAACAUGCUGACAUCAGGGCUGCGUUCAGCCCCGACAAAACGCUGCAAAACGUUUUUUAAACGGAAACGGUGGUGCGUUGAACACCCCGUUCUGAUGAC